UCUCAAUCUUUCAUGUUCAACUAAUGGCGUGUCUUCCUUCAGUUAAAUAUUUAAGUAUUAGAAUAUCAAAAUGGCAAAGAAAAAAGGCGACGAGAAAGUAAACCAAACCUCUCAUAGUGACAAUGAAGAGCAGAAUUUCGACGAGGAGCCUAACUUUGAGGAUCCGGAGGGUUUUGUUGACGAUAUUACCGAUGAAGAGUUAUUGGCCGACCUUUUGGAGCAAAAGCCGAAAGAGUCUGACGGGUAUGAGAAUGUGGUAGUAGUGGACGGAUGCCCGCAGGUCGGGCCCGAGAGGUUAGAGAAACUACAGAGUGUCAUAAAUAAAAUCUUCGGCAAGUUCGGCGGAAUCGUAAACGAGUACUACCCGACGACUGAGAAUGGUCUUACUACGGGAUAUAUAUUCCUAGAGUAUAGUAAUCCGCAGAAUGCUGCUGAAGCUGUAGCUGCCACAAAUAACUGCAAAUUAGACAAACAGCACACAUUCUUAGUGAAUCUUUUUACUGAUUUCAAAAAGUAUGAAAAUAUCCCAGCAGAAUGGGAGCCACCUGCACCGCAGCCACUUAAGGUGCAGUCAGACCUUCAAUGGUAUCUAAUGGAUCCUGAUGCAUAUGACCAGUUUCUUGUUGGUGUGGGAACUGGUGUUGCUUUACAGGUCUGGCAAAAUGCUCUGCCUGAGCCGACAUUAUUGCAGGAACGCCCCAAUUGGACCGAGACAUAUGCUGUCUGGUCUCCACUUGGUACAUACUUGGCAACCUUCCACUGGCGAGGCGUGGCACUAUGGGCUGGCCCUAAAUUUACACAAUUCCAGAAAUUCUAUCAUCCGGAAGCACGCUUUAUUUCCUUCUCGCCAUGUGAAAACUAUAUUGUGACAUUCUCGCCAUCUGGAGAUCGUGGGGAUGAUAAAAAACUUAUCAUCUGGGAUAUCCGUACCGGACAAGAAAAACGUAGUUUCCCACCACCUGAUGAGUACGUUACGUGGCCCAUUUUCCGCUGGAGCAAAGAUGAUCGUUUCUUUGCUCGACUUGGCACUGAUGUUCUUUCAGUAUAUGAGACACCAGGAUUUGGGCUACUUGACAAAAAGUCUAUUAAAAUCCCAGGCAUUCGUGAUUUCUGUUGGUCCCCAACAGAUAAUGUUCUGGCUUAUUGGGUUGCUGAAGAAAAAGACGUACCAGCGCGUGUAACACUGUUGGAACUGCCUAACCGCACAGAGACGCGCUCCAAGAAUCUUUUCUCAGUAGCUGAUUGUAAAAUACACUGGCAGAAGAGCGGUGACUAUCUCUGUGUGAAGGUGGACCGUUACUCUAAACUAAAGAAAGAUAAAAAUGAGCUUAAAUACUCGGGCAUGUAUUACAACUUUGAAAUUUUCCACAUGCGCGAAAAGCAAGUGCCCGUAGAUAGUGUCGAGAUUAAAGAACCAAUUCAAGCAUUUGCUUGGGAGCCAGUUGGCAGCAAGUUUGCUAUCAUUCAUGGGGACCAGGCCAACAUACAGAUAAGUUUCUACCAGGUGAACACGGGCCAGGCGCCCACUCUGCUCAAAAAACUUGGUGGUUCGUUUAACCAUGUGUUUUGGUCACCACAGGGUCAAUUUGUUGUACUGGCCAACUUUGGGCUGACCGGCGGUGCGCUCGAGUUCCUCGACACAAAUGACUUUACUAUCAUGAACGUCGCCGACCACUAUCAAAUGUCUGGAAUCGAAUGGGACCCAACCGGUCGCUACGUCGUCACGGGCGUCUCUUCCCUGAAAUGCAAAAUGGACUGUGGUUACUAUAUCUGGUCGUUCCAAGGCAAGAUAUUGCGCCGUGUCAUGAAAGAGGGCUUCGCGCAGUUCCACUGGAGACCACGCCCUCCUACCUUACUCUCAGAGAAGCAGCAGAAGGAUAUUAAAAAGAACCUCAAGAAGUACUACCCGCAAUUCGAGUCCAAGGACCGCAUGCGCAGCACAAAGGCCAGCAAGGAACUAGUAGCUAAGCGCACAGAGCAAAUGAAGCGGUACCGCGAGUUCCGCGAGAGCGCGUCUCAGCAAUGGACCGAGCAACGCUCCCGUCGCCUUGAGCUCCGUGGUUACGUUGACACCGACCAGCUGCCUGCCGCCGCUGGUGCUGAUGAGCACGCCGUAGAGGAAAUUGUCGAGUUCUUUGUCAAGGAGGAGCAAACUGUCAUCGAGUAGUCAUUGUCGCUCCUUCUACCGCCGCCCCCGAGCUCUCUAACGCACGGUUGCGGCUCCCGUAGCGACGAGGACGCGUCCAAAUCGCCUUACCAGAGAUAACGCCACUUUCAUUUUGUAACGAAAGAUAAUGUUUAUAAGAAUCAUAUUAAAAAUGUCAAGGUACAGAUGGAA